ACAAAGCUAAAGUCAAGUAAAUGCAAUAAGCGUGUACGAAGUAAACAUAAAAAAUAUUUGACAGAAGCAACCAACUCAAUUUUUGGAAAUCGAAACCAAAAAAUCACAGAAAUGAUUGCACAAAACAUUAUGACUCCUAAUUUAAGGAUACUCUGCAACCUCUCAGCCCGUUACAUCACCCGGCGCAACGUGAGCGUUUCCUCCGUCUGUCUGGACCACAAGUGGCGCCGCGAGGGCUCGCUGCCGCGGAACCCCAACAAAUCGGGCCCGCUGACCGACCUGCCGGACUACACCUUCAUGGACGGAUCCGUCACGCCGCUGGGUUCCAACCAGAAGAAGCGCCUCCUCCAGCAGCGUGACCUGGCUGCCAAAAUCGUCACCAUGUCCAGCGAGAUGGACUUUGCGCUGGACCGGUACAAUCGGAUUCAGGACGAAGAGGCGCGCCAACGGCAAGCACUUAUCGAUAGCAAACUCAAGCCCAAGGGACACCGGCUGUUGGCCAAGUAGGACAAGGGUUGUUUGUAAAUAAUCUUCUCUUUAUUGUGUAGUUAAUAAAUGCGAUUUGAGCAAAUUA